AACCGACCAAAGACACUCGCAGAUGAUUGAUUGGAGGAAAUAAAAAAAAUUCCUCUAUUGAUAGGAUUGGUUGGUGAGAUCAGAAGGAGACAAAUCGCAUAUAAACGAGAACAUAUUAUUAAACUAGUUUUCUCGGAGUAUACAGUGGAGUUAAAUCCAAAAAAUCUAGCAGAUCCUGUUGUAACGUGGAUCCAUCUCUCAUCUCAUGACAUGUGGCCCUAUUCAUUUACAAGAGUUCUACAGAAGAUGUGCCCUCUGCGUAACGUGACUUUUUAAGGUAAACGAAGUUGAAGGAGGUGAAAUCGCAAACAGUUGGCCUAUAUAUCUUUGGGUAAAGGUUCAGAUGCUAGUAUUUCUUGCUUCCAUGGGACAAGGAUUUACAGGCAACGAAAAUUCCACAGAUUAUCAGCCAUUUUUGUGGAGCUUUCUUCCUACGUCAGUGUCUGACAAAUGGGAUCACUCAAGUGAGUAAAUGUCACAGUGAAUAUUUCGAUGCUUGCAUCAGCAUUGGUUUCUGCAAAGCUUAAUUGGAUAUAAAGCUGUCCUAUAUUUGUGAAGCAAACAGCAUAUUUUGACCAAUGAUAUGAAUAUCAAGCACAAGCCAUAACCUCAACGCUGGAACAUAGAAAAAGAUUGAUUAGAAUGAUGACCUCUUUAAAUGGAGCUAUAGCUAUUGGUACAAAGCAACCACUUUUCUCUUUUGGGGUCAUCACGGAUGUUCAAUAUGCUGAUAUUCCUGAUGGUCGUUCAUUCCUUGGUGUUCCCCGGUAUUAUCGCCAUAGCAUUCUUUCAUUGCAAAGAGCUGUCACGAAAUGGAAUCAGAUGGAAAAACUUAAGUUUGCAGUACAUUUUGGUGACAUAGUGGAUGGCUUCUGUCCUAAAGACAAGUCUCGCACAGCCGUAUUAAAAGUUAUUAAGGAAUUCGAUAAGUUUAAUGGACCUGUUUAUCAUAUGCUUGGUAAUCAUUGCCUCUAUAAUCUUCCUCGGAGUGAUUUAAUUGACCUGUUGAAAAUUCCUGGCCCCCAUGGCUAUGCAUAUUAUGAUUUUAGCCCAGUGCCAGAUUAUCGAUUUGUUGUUCUUGAUGGAUAUGACAUCAGUACAAUUGGGUGGCCUGAGGAUCAUCCACAUAGAUUAGAAGCUAUUAAAUAUAUUGAAACAAAAAAUCCAAAUGUGGAAAAAAAUAGUCCUGAUGGGCUGACUGGCAAUGACAGAAGGUUUGUGAUGUUCAAUGGCGGUGUUGGAAAGGAACAACUAGCAUGGUUUGAUAGUGUCCUGCAGGAUGCAUCUGCACUUGAUCAGAAGGUGAUUGUUUGCUGCCAUCUUCCUUUAGAUCCCGCUGCAUCAUCUCCUGAAUCAUUGUUGUGGAAUUAUGAUGAAGUGAUGCACGUUAUUCACAAGUAUAAUUGUGUUAAGGUUUGCAUAGCAGGCCAUGCGCACAAAGGUGGGUAUGUUGUAGAUUCUCAUGGAAUUCAUCAUAGGGUCCUUGAAGCUGUGCUUGAAUGUCCACCUGGAUCAGAUGCAUUUGGCUAUAUUGAUGUCUACCACGAUCAGUUGUCACUGGUUGGGACUGACCGCAUGGCAAGUACUGAGAUGCACUUUAGUUUGGAAAAGAUCUCCUAGAUUGCUGGUCUUACUAUCUUGAUAAUGAUGUAAAGAGGAUAAAUGUUUGAAUCACAAGUCCAAACAUUUGUAAUAUAUGCAGUUAUACAUUGUUUAUUCUAGAGGCAGGAAUGAGAAGUAUAUACACUUUCUUUGAUAUAUAUUCAGACAGACAUGGACAAGCUUUCCAUGUCUGUGAGAUACACAUCUUGAGGUUGCACAUGUCCUCGUGCACACGGGCAUUUGGUGAAAUUUUAGAUUUCUUAUGUUGCUUGAUAUAUGUACAUCUUUUUCAUUCAUUUAAUUAAUUUAAUGUUUGUUUUGUAUUGUUCUGAA